AUGUCUAGUGAAGAUGGUCACUCUACAUCCUCAGAAGCUCCGACAGUGUCCUUCUUAGUUAGCUUCAAGGGAGUGGCUCAUGAAUUCACAGAUGUACCUGGAAACGUAACCAUUCAAGAGCUGAAGGCCGACCUACAAGAAAUCUUUAACAUUCCGGCUCAAAACCAGAAGCUGCUUUUCAAAUCUCAAUUGAAGGAUAAUGCCACCUUGUUAGAAUCAAAGUUAGAAAGAAAUAGCAAGAUAAUACUGAUGGGAACAACUAAUGCUGUCGUUGAAGCUGUCACCGUCGAGGCUGAACGCGUCAAACAAGUUUUAGCUGCACGAACUGCACAAAGGAAGCAAGCUUCAAGGCUCAAACCAUCCCAGCCUGUUCGAACUGUUGCCGAUGGCAAAUAUACCUUCCACAAUAUCGAAGUGCUACCAGAAUUCUCUGAUACUGAUGCAGCUCGUAAAUAUCUAAAUCGACUGAAAGAUGAUGUUGGUAUUCGUGGACUCAUGCAAAAGUACAAAUGGUCCGUCGGAACCUUGAAAGAGCUUCACCCGCUUCGUGAUCAUACCAUAUUGGGCUACAACGAGAACAAAGGUUUGAGCAUUGCUCUUCGCCUACGCACAGACCGUCUAGACGGAUUUCGACUCUACGAUUCUGUAAGAAAGACACUGCUGCAUGAAUUGGCUCAUAUGGUACACAGCGAACACAACAACGACUUCCACUCAUUGAAUCGGCUACUCAACAAACAAGUAGUUGAGCUGGAUUGGACAGCAAAGGGCCACGUAAUUGGUGGAAGCGAUGUAUACAAUCCAGAAGAGUCAGAAGCUGUUGACGAAAAAGCUUUUGAAGGUGGUGUAUUUGUUUUAGGAGGAUCCAAAAAGGACGAGAACCGACCUAUGCGAGAAGUACUUGCUGAGGCCGCACUGUUACGACUGACAAAGGAAGAACAAGAUAUGGUUGAUUCCUGUGGUUCACAUCCAUCAUCGCAUCAGCACUAG